UCGGUCGGGUCGGAGUAGUAAAGCAUCGAACCGGUCCUCCAAGAUUCAAAAAGCUAAAAACCACACACCCACACACCUCUUCGCUCCCCCUUCCAGAUCGUCGCCGCCGCCGUCCCGCCGUCCUCCGCCGACAUGUCUUCCCAAUCGUCCCCUUCACUCCCUUCUUCUCCCUCAUCCCCUCGCCCCCCAUCCGAUGACGACAAACAGGUUCCUCAAUCCCCUGCCUCUCCAGCGAAACCGUCGGAGCCGGCUCCGACGCCGGCCGCCCGGAAUCCGGCGUUCCCCAGUCGCGAAGACUGCUGGUCUGAAGAGGCAACGCGAACGCUGAUUGAUGCCUGGGGGACUCACUACCUUCAACUCAAUCGCGGCAACCUACGCCAGAAACACUGGCAGGAGGUCGCCGACGCCGUCAACGCCGUCCACGCCGCCUCCGCCAAGCAUCGGCGCACCGACGUUCAGUGCAAAAAUCGCAUCGACACCACGAAGAAGAAGUACAAGAUCGAGAAGUCCAAGGUCAUCGAAUCCAACGGCCGGUACGACUCCACGUGGCCCCACUUCGAGAGCCUGGACUCCCUCAUCGGCGAUUCCUUCUCCAAACCUAACAACAACGCCGCCGCCGCCGAUGGCCACACCAAGAACCUUCGCCGGAGGGUUUCCAUAUCGCCGGAGCUUUCCUCGUCUCCAUCGCCGCUGCCGGAAUCUGUCGCUCACCGCCGGAAAAAUUAUCCGGCGACUAAUCCCCGCGAUAAGGAUCCGGCUUCGAAUCCUCUCCCGCGACUUACCUGGUCGGUUCCAGUGGGUCCUCGGUCCAAGCGGUCCGGCCCCGGUAGCGUUACGGAGCGGAACUUUUCGGUAAUGGCGGCGGCGGCGGCGGCCAUGGAGGCUGAAGAAGAUGAUUGCGGCAAUUAUGACGAUGACGAUGACGAGGAUGAGGAUUCUGGAGCAUGGUCCGGCCGCCGGCCUUCUCAGACGGAAAGAAAAAGGAAACUUCCGGCGAUAGAGGAACAGGCAAAAUUGGCUGAUGGUUACAGACAACUGGCAGAAGCCAUUCUAAGAUUAGGACAAAUUUAUGAGAAAGUGGAAGACGCAAAGCAACGACAAAUGGUUGAAUUGGAGAAACAAAGAAUGCAGUUCGCUAAGGAUUUGGAGCUUGAGAGGAUGAAAGUUUUCAUGGAAUCACAGGUCCGCCUCGAGAAGCUGAAGCGUGCUAAGCCCAAUUCUGCAGAUAUUUGAUGUUCCGUGUAACAGGCAGUUUCUUCUAGCACUUGGGUUGAAUUCGUCGACUGCUGCUGCCAUGGAUGAAGCCGAUGUAUCUUUUUCUUCUUUUGCAAAUAGCAGUAGAUUUUGGUGUGCAUUGCAGCAUAAUCAUACAUACAGACAUCCGUAAGUACAGCUAGCCAUAGGUGUGCCUAAUUUAGAUAUGAAGUUAGCGAAAAAAAAAUCGA